CAGCCAAUGAUUACCCUCAGCAUUUACCCAUUGAGAAUAUCCCCAACAGGUGGACAAUUUGCUCUUUUUAAUUUAUUUUUCCUGUCUUUCCUUGUUCUACUUUAGCUAAAAUGGUAUUUCUGAAAAUUUUCUUUUUCAUUUCAUGCUUUCAUUGGUUUAACUGCGUUUAUUCUAUGCGAAAGGAUACUGUAAUUUUGGUGUCCUUUGAUGGGUUCCGCUGGGACUACCUGGACAUGCAUCGAACUGCCACGAAGAAUUUCUCCUCCAUCAUGAAACAAGGGGUACGGGCUGAAUAUGUCAGGAACGUUUUUCCAACGGUAACUUUUCCUAAUCACUACACUAUUGUCACAGGGCUUUAUCCUGAAAGCCACGGUAUAAUAUCAAAUUCGUUCUACGACGCGAUUGCAAACAAAUCUUUUGACAUGAACACGAACUGUUCCGAAUGGUGGGACAAAUUUGCUGAACCUCUUUGGGUGACAAGCGAGAAACAAGGAGAGAAAAGUGGUAUGUGUUUUUGGCCGGGCUAUGAUGUGGUUUACAAGGGCCAAAAACCGUCUUUUACUCCGAGCGAAUUUGGAUUUGGGAGACCUUUUGCAGCUCGUGAAAACGAAACUAUUCCUCCCUGGAAGUGGCGGGUUGAUUUGGUUUUAAAAUGGUUGAAAGAUCCAGACCCACCUUCUUUUGUAACUUUAUACUUUGAAGAGCCGGACGAAGCCGGCCACUGUUGCGGCCCUGACUCAGUAAAUGUUACAGAAGAGAUUGGAAGAGACGAUGAAAUUACAGGUUAUCUCUUGCAAGAAUUACGCAAAUCAAAUUUAACGGAUUCGGUUAAUUUGAUUAUAACAGCUGAUCACGGCACUGCUAUGUACAAUUUAAGCACGGUAUUGGACUUUCAUGAGUAUUUACCACCAGAUUAUUCAUUGUGGAUUGCAGGUGGGGCUUACUUUUCAUUCGAUGCCACCAAUUUAACAGGAGCAUAUGAUAGGUUAAAGAAGGCAGAGAAACAUAACUCGCACUUUAGUGUAUACAGAAAAGAGGAACUCCCGGAAGAACUUCAUUUCAAACACAGUAGGUUUGUUGCUGAAAUUAAUGUCAUCUUGGAAGAAGGUUGGUUAGCAGCAUUGGAACCCUACAAUCAUUCCUUGAAGGUAGUCACAAAAGGAACUCAUGGCUGGUGCCCAUCCACACCAUCAAUGCAUCCUUUCUUCUUAGCACAAGGCCCAGCUUUUAAGCAAGGAUAUAAGAGUGGUCCUAUCGAGAUGGUUGACAUCUAUCCAUUGAUUUGCCAUUUACUUGGCAUAGACCCUUUGCCUAACAAUGGCUCACUCAGUCGCAUUGAACACUUGCUGAAAGUUGCACCAAAUUCUUCACACUCAAAUGCCCACUGGCUAACAACUGGAGAAAUUGUUGCUAUAGUUAUUGGUUCAGCUAUCGCUUUGACAGUUUGUAUGUAUGCAAUUUUAAUGAUACAAAGGGACCGUCGACGACAUAUGAUAAGAAGUAAUAGAUCUGGUGAGGGUAACCAGCCAUUACUGUUUGGAGAUGAAGAUGAUGAAAAUAUCAUUUAAUAUCUUACCAAAGUGGUCCACUGUCAAAAAUAUCAGUGUUCACCUUGAGAAUCCCAAGGUAAUUUAUGGUCACUGGUAUUUUCUAGCAGUUCCAUUACAAUAUCCAGCAAAGGAUGGAGAGAAUAGACUGAAUUAAUCAGUUAAUGAAUUAUGUUGCUGAAACAAAGUUCUCCCAACUAAUUUUACAAGAAAAUGUAGAGAACCUAAAAGGGAGAAUCACUUAUCAGAUAAAGGCAAAGGAUUAAAUAGAGGAUAUUACAUGGCCACUUGGGGAUACGAAUUUUAUCUUUGAGUGCUGAAAGUAUCUCUCACUCGU